CACCCUUUACAACGUUAAGUGAACCAGCUCUGCUGCUCAGUGCAGCCACGAGCUACGAACAGUGAUUCGACGUUAAUCCGAAGCAAGCAACGGGACUUCAGUCCGAAUUGGAAGCGCCAGACAUUACUUGAAGGCAUGAGCUGACUAGGUCUUGAAGACGGGACUGCACAAGGAAGCAGAGAAGAAUCACACCAGUCGGUAAACCAGUGGUGCCAACAUCUUCAUUUCAUCGCACAGGAGCAGAAAUCGGUUAUACAUUAGGACGGGACCGAUGUCAGUUCAAGCCCGGAGACAUAUUGCCGCUAGGAGUAGCCUACAGCGAAGCAGCAUGAAGAAAACAUCGAACUCUGCAGCUUCUGUUCUGCGUGUCUGUUACCGAUGUCCAUUUGAAAAUUACGGAAGGAAGGAAGGUAUUCCUGAUGGCUGUCAUCGGCUUAUGCGCAUUCAACAAGGCAAUUUAAACAAUAAUUUGAUUACAUAUAUACAGGUGGAAGUGGCAAGACAAAUGAAAAAUACUUCAAACGCCAACCGGACUCCAGUUCUAGUACACAGGCUACUAAGCAAGAUCAGUGAUCAUGGGACCAGGGCAGAGCUUGAGCUCUUCUCACUACAGCUGUUGCAUCGGAAGGUCCAGUUUACGGCCUGUGGGUUCUUUCCAUUAGACUUCACUCUUCUUUACUCGGGCAACAGAACUGCAGAUCUGGUACACAAAGUAAUGAAUGUCGCACAGGAUGUUGACGUAAAAAAAGAGCUUGAACUAUUUUCGCUGCAGUUAGUGCAUCGCAAAGUCGAGUUUACAGCCUGUGGAUUCUUCCCUAUAAAUUUCAGUCUUCUCUACUCGAUAGUUGGAGCAGUCACUACUUAUUUGGUGAUUCUAAUUCAGUUUCAUAAAUUAUACGACGCUGAAACUCGUUCUGUUACAAACGUUACUUCAACAGUGUAACAAUUUUUUAUUUAAAAUUUUAUGUUGUAUAAAUGACAGAGAAAGUGAGUAUUAAACAACACUUGAUAGGGAUGCAGUUCAUAAUAGCUUACAUUUUCAGUAAGUUUGCCAUUAUUAAGUAUAGUACAUGAAGAAGUAUAAUAAAUUAACAUUUAUCUCUCAGCCAACACAGAAAAUUGAAAUAAUUUUAUGUGCCUUUUUUUAAAAAAAUAUUAAGCACUUGAAUGGAAUAUUACUACUUACCAAUAAAUGUUUCUAAGAAGAAAGAUUUUUAUA